UUUUUUUUUUGAAACCAGUAAAUGAUUGAAUUGAAUCUGCUAAAUACACUGCAAGUGUGUGUAUAUAUAUAUACUAUGGCUAUGGCGACUUGAGUUCCCCUCUUCCACAACGUGAACAACCCCCAAAAAUCCGCACCUUCAAAAUCCAAAAAUAGUCUCAAUUUUUAUUCUUCACACUCUCGAUCAAUCAAACACCGUCCUCUCGUUUUCAAUAUGGAUUGAAUCAACGUUUCUCCUUUUAGGUUGUUGAUGGCAUGUGGAACUCACGUGGAAAUUGAGGAUUUGCCGUGCGAUUUCGGAGAGGGAGAAAACUGUCGAAAUGGAAGUCUCGAGCGGGCUGGGCCCGAGGCCCGGCUCGAGCGCAUUGAGCAGAGAGAAACACGAGGAGAACGAAGGGAUAAAUAUCGAGAAUAUCGAAUUGGAGACGUCUGUGAAUGAUUUUCGUUCCAAUCACCAUUUUCAUUCCAUGAGUGCGUUGGACAUUCUGAGAGAAACUGUUUGGAUUCUUCGAUUCAAUUCAGGCGGAUUCAUGGCGAUCGUGGCAGUGUUAAUCUGCCCUGUUUCGGCCGUGCUCUUGUCAAACGUGUUGGUGGAUCAGUCCCUUGUGAAGAGGCUGAGCUUUCGCCUUUUGCUAGUUGCAAAAUCGAGUGGACUCCCUCUCAAGCCUUUCGUCAAACAGUCGUGCCAUAGAAUGGCUGAGAUGGUGAUCUCAGCAGCAAUGUGCUUCCCCUUGUUAGUGACGCUGCUGCUUCUGUCCAAGGCUGCUGUGGUUCACACAGUUGACUGCACAUACUCGAGGAAGAAGUUUGAUUUCUCGAAGUUCUAUGUGAUCAUCUGCAAGAUUUGGAAGCGGAUUGUCUUCACAUAUUUGUGGGGGUGUCUAGUAAUGUCCGGUUGCCUCGCAUUCUUCAUAGUCCUCCUCGUUGUAGUGAGCUGUGUGUUCUUGAUCAUGGGGUUCCCAUCUGACUUGAUUCUUUACCCUGCAAUGGUAGUAGGGUUGAUUUUCUCAAUCAUUUUUGCCAAUGCUAUCAUUAUCUGCAACACUGCUAUUGUGAUAUCUGUUCUUGAGGAUGUUGCAGGGCCUCAGGCAGUGCUCCGUUCUAGUUCAUUGAUUAAAGGGCAGACGCAAGUCGGGCUGCUGAUAUUCCUUGGGUCGACUAUAGGUAUGGCGUUCGUGGAGGGUCUGUUUGAGCAUAGAGUGAAGACACUUAGUUAUGGAGAUGGCUCUUCUAGGUUAUGGGAAGGGCCUCUUUUGGUCGUGAUGUAUUCCUUUGUGGUGAUGAUCGACUCGAUGAUGAGCACAGUUUUCUAUUUCAGCUGUAAAUCCUAUCGUUUGGAAUCAGCAAGUGCAGAAAAGGAACCAGUUCUGGAAGCUCAGGCUAUUGGUGAGGCUCAAUGACAUCCAUUUUGAUGUCGUGUAAUGGUAGAGAAGAGAAAGCUUUGCUACUCUAGUGAGAGAAUGAAAAUGUGGUGAUGAAGCUUCUUCAAAUGGAAUAUUUUGUGCCAAUGGAGAUGGCCUAAAGUAAGUCGACAUAACUUUGAAGCCUUACUUUAACUCUCCGACAUGGUAAGUGAAGAAGGAAGGCAUCAUUCUACAUUUACAGGCAUACCGUUUUGCAAAGGUUGUUAAAGCUACAGUUUUACAUACUCUUUGUAAUAGUUUUAUGCUCUUUACAGUUAACACAGUUUACAUGAAUUUGUUGGUGGAUUCUUUGUUCA